UCUUUUUUAAAAAUAAUUAUAAUAAUCUAAUCUAGAUAUAUAUUUUACUUAAGUAAGUACUAGUCUUGACUAGUCUUAACUAGAAAUAAUAUACUGUAUUAUACCAUGAAAAGUAUACCAUACCAAAUCUUGUCUCACCAGGUGGUAUUUUACCACUUGAAUUGGUCCUGACUAGUCACGACCAGUACUACCAGAUAGGUGAUUUUGAAUCCUGCAGCUUUAUAGAAUAUAUUACUAACUUACCACUAGUAUUGUCACAUAUGGUAAUGAAAUUUGGUUAUUACUGGUCCCAACUAGUCAAAUUUGGUAGCCACCUGGCGACCUGGCGACCUGGCGAGCCGCAACCUCGCCGCCGAUAAAGCCACGGACCAGUGAAAUGCUCCGAUGGGACUUGGCAGCCUUGCAAGGCUGGGCAUUUUAUUCUGUAUUGGUAUUUAUGAGGUACCUACCUGGUACUACCUAUGUACAGGAAUUGUCCUCUGUAGAUGAUAUUGCACGAGGGAGUAGUCCGAAUAUCAAUCUAUUCUUAAGUAUCUCGACAUCAAGUAAUUCUAGUAGUCCAAGUGAAUUCGCCAAGAAUGUCCGCGACCGUCCACUUCCCAGCCUCUUCCUUCUUUCUCAGCCCGCUCCUCCUCUUCUCCGCCUUCUCUUUCCAUUUCCCAUUCGUCAGUGCACUUUCUCCUACCUAAAACUAUCUCUUAACCAUCCUCUUGAGUCGUUGCUUUGGAAUUUUCAUCUCUCAUCUUAUCCUCUCUCUCUCUCUCUCUCUUUCUCUUCUCUCUAUUCCUCUCCUCCUCACUUCCUCUCCUCUCAAAAUAAUUCUCCCCUUCACUCAACUUCCAUAUCCAGUAAGCUAUUCUGCGUCAUUAUCUCCCUCUCUCUCUCUCUCUCUCUCUCUCUCUCUGGAACCAUCUAAUUCUUACCCUAUUCCAGAAUUCCCCCCCCCCCCCCCCUCCAGUUCCCUUGUCCUCCGAUAAGGCAUGCGUCUCCAUACCCUUCCUUAAUUGAGUACCGCUUCUUGGGGGUUCUGUGAUGGUCUGGCUGCCACCGG